ACAGGUGAAGAAUGUCGAUCUAUUGUUUUCAAAGAACCAAUACAGGACAAAGUCUUGGAGGGGUACUUAAUCAGGCUUGUCGAGGUCUCUCACCGAGCGAACUGUAAAGUGCUGUGCUAUACGGAGCCUAAUUGUGUGUCCAUAAAUUUUGGGCCUUCGCUAGGAGGGAACUACGUUUGUGAGUUAAACAAUGCUUCGGACGAAAGUCCAGGCUCAUCCGUCCUUCAGAGUAAACAAGAUUAUUCCCAUUUCAGCAUCGAGGUAAAGUGACUUAUUUCAGACGGCGGACAAUUAUUGUGCGUGAUAAUUUUGUCGGAUUACUUUUAAACUAGCCUUCCAAUCCUUGUAUUGAACUAAGGCGAUUCCUUAGUAUUGCACCGUGCAUCACGAGAAACUUUUUGACCCGAUUUCGUAUGAGAUUGAGUGAUCUUUCCAUAGAUUAGAUAAUACGUUGUUCCAUACGUCCUAUAUAGCGACUCUCUAUCUAUCACUCAAGUGUUUCGUUUUAUGCGUUCGUUUAAAAACUACAGCAAAAUGUAUCGUGAACCGAUGGAAUAAAGCUUGUGAUCAGUGCCAAUACAGAAAUGAAUAGAGUUACAUUGGCCCAUCAUAUCCCCUUCGUGACCAAUCUUUUGUAUGGUGGUGCCAAUACAGGAAUGAAUGGGGUACCGUUGGCCCAUCAUAUCCUUUUGGAGACCUAUCUUUUGUAUGAUAGUACCAAUACGGGAAUGAAUGGGGUAACAUUGGCCCAUCAUAUCUCUUUCGUGGCCUAUCUUUUGUACGGUAGUUCUCGAAACAGAGAUUGGCAAUGAACACUCAAGGAAAUUAGGAAUCACCUCAACAAGGUAAAAUACCAAAGCUAAGGUACACCAGUGGUGUUAUCGGUACAAUGUUAAAAAGAGAAAAAUCAAUGAACCCGUGGCUAGAAAGAGUAGGAGCCAUCCUAAAAAAAUCAACCACAAGUCGACCAACAAAUUAUCCAGUAACUCGAUUAAUCGAUUUUCUGGUUUAAUUACUGACAAAGUGUAACUGAUUCUCGUCUUCAAUUGAUCAAAAAGCCUGAAGAAAUCAUCGCUUCAGCAAGACAGUGUUCCUUUGAGAAUAAGUAAGAACCAACCAUGGAUAUAAAUAAUAAUAAGUAAUUUUUUCUUGAUCAGAAUCCAUGCAGCAGUAAUCCCUGUUUCAACAAUGGCACUUGUCAAGCUGGAUACACUGAUAAAGGAUUUCGUUGUAAAUGUCCUUCAGGGCUCACUGGCGCAUACUGCGAUAAAGGUAAUUGAAUACAAAACUGUAAAGAGGACCGAUGUAACCAUAGGAUAUUCUGGGGGAUGACAAUUUCAGUUUUUUUUUCUCUUCCUUUUUUUGUUUUUAAUGUAGCCUGCAGCUUCGACUUUGAAGAUGGAAUCGGCGGAUGGGAAAUGACAGGCACAGCUUUCAUUUACCAACCAACAUUUGGUGACAAUCCAGCGGCACGCAACAGAGAAAGCGCCCAGCAGCAAGGGGACUGGUGGGUAGGGGGAGCUGAGAAACGACCCAGCGAGAGCGAUCCUGCGGGAAUACAGUACGGCGACUCACCCAAGGGUACUCUCAUUUCUCCUUGUUUCCGUAUCGUUGGCAGAGAUAUCUCGUUUCUCAUCGGUGGAGGAUGUCCCAGAAAUGAUAUUCGUGCGGAGCUUAUCGUCGACAACCAGGUGAGAUUAUUUACUUUGACCGUCAUGUUUCAUUUGAUUCUUUUGAGACAGCCUAGGUAGAUUUAUCAAAGUAUCAGAGCUUUGGUCUUUCAAAAUUGCGAAACCAUUUUGAGCUUCGUGAUAUCCAUGAGAUUUCUAUAGGUUUACAAUGAGCUAUUCACAAAUAAAAGAUAUAUGUAAAAAAAUGAAAAGUCAAACGUUUUCGACACUAUGUCAUCAUCAGGGUAAAUGCUGGUGACCUUGAAAAUGAUGAUAUCGACAAUGUUUGGUUUUUUCUUUUCAAAUAUAUUUUGCCUUAUACCUAGCUCAUUUUUAGGUAACUCGAGAGAAGUUCCACGGGCAAACCAACAUCGCGUCUGGCACGUUUUAUUUGUCUUUGUCUUACACAACAUUGAAACCCACCUUCAGUGCGGUAAUGUCUUUAUUUCAAUAGAAAGAGGUUGCUCUUUAUUUGAAUAAAUGUUCGAUACAGUCAUGAUAGAUAUGUCAGAAUUCAUGGAAACAAAGGUUUAAAACUAUUUGAUAUGUUUGUUGUUACAUGCAGGCUGUCAGAAAUGAGACAGGGAACUGUUACGAGACAAUGUACCGUAAGAGCUGGGAUGUAAAAGAAUUCAUUGGUCAAUACGCCCAAGUCAGACUAGUUGAUGAGGGAUCUGGCGGUUGGGAUCACAUUAAUUUUGAUGACCUUAAAGGAGAUAUCAUUUGUCCUCACUAUUUAUAUGAAGACAACUGA